AUGAUGCUUCCACGUAACUCUCCACAUCAUUCUGAAUCAUCAGUAGCUUACAACAACAACAACAACAACAACAACAACAGUAGCAACAACAAUGGUCGGUCAUUAUUUGAAAGAAAACCUUUGGCGCCAAUAAAUAGAGAAUUCAAAAUAUCAAAACCACAACAUAUAAAACCCAAUACCCAUUCUCAUACAUUUACUACACCAACACCAAAAACACGAAAUCAUAACAACAUUAAUAGUAAUAGGAAUCAUCAAUAUAGAAAUCCCAAUUUGAAUACUUCUCUUGUUUUCACCCCAACGAAAAAAUCAUCAUCAUCAUCAUCAUCAUCAUCUUCUUCUUCUUCUUCUUCUUCUUCAUCACAUUCAUCGAAUUUAUUAUCAUCAUCACCAUUUAUUGAAGAACCAGAAAAUCAACAACAAUCAAAUUAUACUAGAACUACAUCUCAUUAUAGAACAACUUCACAAUAUAAAUCUAAAUCAUCAAUUAAUAAAGAUGUAUUACAACAUCCAUCGAUAUUUACUACCAAAAAAACCCCAUCUAAUAAGGAAAUGUCAGAACCAACAACAAAUCCCAAACGAAGAACCACAACCACAACCACAACGGCAACUGUCCAAAAUUCAAAUAAUAAUAAUAAUAAUAAUAAUAAAAUUCUAAAUCCAUCAGUUCCUCAUUUUUCAACUACUACUACUACUACUACUACUACUUCAUCUUCUUCCACCUCCACCACCACCACCACCUCAUCAUUAUAUACAUCUCCUAAACCUCAACAACAACAAAAACAUCAACCUCAACAACAACAACAACUUUCAUUAGAUGAUUUUGAAUUUGGGAAAAUUUUAGGUAAAGGGAAAUUAGGAAGAGUUUAUUGUGUUAAACAUAAACAACUGGGACUUAUAUUUGCUCUUAAAGUGAUGUCAAAAUUAGAAAUUAUAAAUUUAAAAUUAGAAAAAAGUUUACGACGAGAAAUUGAAAUUCAAUCAAAUUUAUAUCAUAUAAAUAUUACAAGAUUAUAUUCAUGGUUUCAUGAUUCUAUUAAUAUUUAUUUAUUAUUAGAAUAUAGUCUAGAAGGAGAAUUAUAUACUCAUUUAAAAAAAUUUAAAAGAUUUAAUAAUAUAAUGGCAAGUUAUUAUAUUUAUCAAAUUACUCAAGCAUUAAUUUUUUUACAUCAAAGAGGAAUUAUUCAUCGUGAUUUAAAACCAGAAAAUAUUAUGGUAUCAUUAGAUAAUCGAUUAAAAUUAAGUGAUUUUGGUUGGUCAGUACAAAUUCAUCCCCCUUCCAAUAAUAAUAACAACAAUAACAACAACAAUAAUAAUAACAACAAUAAUAAUCAUAAUCAAAAAAAAAGAUUAACUAUAUGUGGAACAUUAGAUUAUUUACCUCCAGAAAUGAUUGAAAGUAAAUCUCAUGAUUUUUCUGUUGAUAUUUGGGCACUUGGAAUAUUAUGUUAUGAAUUACUUGUUGGUAAACCACCAUUUGAAUCAAUUAAUCGUAAUAUUACUUAUGAAAAAAUUAUUAAAUUAGAUUAUAAAUAUCCUAAUCAUAAUCAUAAUAAUCAUAAUAAUAAUAAUCAUAAUAAAUUUAAUUUUGAUCUUGAUCCUGAUGCUAUUGAUUUAAUAUCAAAAUUAUUAGUUAAAGAUCCUAAUAAAAGAUUAAAUUUAAAUCAAGUAUUAAAUCAUAAUUGGAUUAUUAAAAAUAAACCAAAUUGGUCAAAAUUGAAACAAAAAAAUUAUUUAUAA